UUUUCAUCGAUGGAAACAGGAGAUGGCGGAGUUGUGGAAGGAGUGUAUGAGAUGGUUGAUAGAUUGUAAAGUGCUUCCCGAUGAUCACCGAGUUACUCAACCGAGCGCUCAAGUUAUAGAUUUAGCGCUCACACUUCGCGAUGGGUUGGUGCUGUGUCGACUUGCUAGUAACCUGGAUUCUAGUGCGAUAAAUUUGAAGGAUGUCAGCCCCCGCCCGCAGACCUCGCAGUUUCUGUGCGUCAAGAAUAUCAAGUUGUUCUUGACAGCAUGCAGAGAACAUUUUGGGCUCACUGAUCGGGAAUUGUUCGAGCCCCAUAUGCUUUAUGACCUCUCAAGAUUCGGACAGGUGCUAAUUACGCUUUCAGCGUUGUCGAAAACUGCGCAAGCAAGGUCAAAGAAUAUAGCUCCUUUCCCGAUUGUUUCCCGGGGACCAGUUGAUGACAGCAUUUACAAGAAUCUCGACGAAGUGGCUGAUCACCAUUUUCCGCCUAAUCACACUGGAAGGCUCGAUUCUGCUUACGAUCGAUUGCGCAUACAUUUCGAUCACACUGGUGCGGUCUACACGAGUGAUCGGGAAGAAGAUGUUUACGAAGACAUUUGUUACAUUACCUUCAAGCAAACAGAGUUGCACGAAGACGUGGUUUACCGUCGCCAGUUGGAUAUUCGAGCAAGUUUCGCUGAAGCGUAUUACGAGCGCAUCGAGGAUAUUUAUGACGUUAUUUGCUCGUACUCAAAGAAGAACGAGAUACCGAGCGUAACACAAACUCCGCUGAACAAGCGCGAUCACUGCAUGAAAGAACUCGUGGAAACAGAAAACAGCUAUGUGAUGGCUUUGCGGAUGCUGAAGCAGCAUUUUAUGAAGCCGUUGUCGGACGUACUACCGGUGGCCAAGCGUGACGUGAUAUUCCUCAAGAUCAAAGACUUGAUCGAAAUCCACACGGGAUUCUACAGUCAGCUAUGCCAAGCCUGUCAGGACGAGGCUGACGCAAUUUCCCCGCCCGGGUCUUUGAAACACACAAGAGCCAACUCCUUCGAUGUUCCUUCCCGCAUCAGUGAUGUAUUUUUGCGGUGGAAAGAAAAAUUCGUUGUUUACGGAGAUUUCAUUGAAAACCUGACGCGGGCACAAGAAACGAUUGACGAUCUAUGCGCCUCGGAACCGUCGAUCAAAAUAGAAAUAGCGAAAUGUGAAAUGGCGGCGGAACAAGGAAAGUUCCGGUUGCGGGAUUUGUUGACCGUUCCCAUGCAGCGCGUGUUGAAGUAUCACCUGCUUUUGGAUCAGCUAAUCAAAAACACUUCGUCGGAUCAUGAUGAUUACGAUGGACUGAGAAACGCGCAUUCUGCUUUCCUGGACCUUAACGAGUAUCUUAACGAAGUGAAGCGAGAUAGCGACGAUCUUCAGGCUGUACAAGAUAUUUUGUUGAACAUAGAAGGCGACAAUAUUCAGGCUCAUGGUGGUGCCUGUGAUCCGAAGAAAUUCGGCCGUCAUGUGAAGGAAGGUGAACUGAAGGUGCUCUUUCACGAUAACCCUCCAAAGAAAAACCGGUACAUUUUUGUAUUCGACAAGGUUUUGCUUAUCUGCAAGGCGAGUAGGGUGAGUGGAACGCUGCUUUUUUCGUUUCUAAUUCGGAUGACCGAUGGGGAGCAGUACGUUUGCAAGGACCUACUACAGCUGUCGGACUACAAGGUCGAUGAAACGCCGAAAGACGGAUCAAAAAAAGGGGAUGGAAAAGGGAACUGGACCUGGUCGUGGCAUCUCGUCCAACGCGUUGACAACACCGCGAUCACGAUGUAUGCAAAGACGGAACAGGAAAGGAAACACUGGCUUGCUGCUUUGAAAGGCCUUGUGGAGAGAAUGAACCCUGCUGAAGCACGGCGUGCCGGACAUUGUUUCAGUGUUGCAACGACGACUCCAGGGACCAAUUGCAAGUUUUGUCGUCUUCUGAUGAAAGGGCUUGUUUACCAGGGUUACCAGUGUUCCGUGUGCUCCAUCGUGGUGCACAAAGAUUGUUUGGAAAAGCUUACUCUCUACUGCGGUCGACCCGAACCACCUCCACGACGAGAAGAGAGCUUGAUCAGUUCUUCCGUGUCUCUACCGCCCCCAAGACCUUUAAAUGGACCUCCGCUACCGUCGCCCAGAACACCACUAGGCGUCGAGGAAGAUUUGCAUGGCUAUGAUUGGUUUCAAGGUCGAAUGUCGAGACCUGAAGCAACACAGCGACUGAGUGCCAAGUACGUACCGCCGGGGACGUUCAUGGUUCGUCUAAGCAUGGAUCGACCGGAUAUCGCUAUCAGUGUGAAGGAUGAAGAGCGUGUUCGUCACAUGCGAGUGGCCAUUAAAGACGAAGCCGGCUUUCCCAUUGGAACUCAGGACAGACGAUAUUAUCUCGCGAAUGCUCAUUUCUUUCGUUCGAUGAAGGAGUUGAUCGAGUGGUACAAGGAUCACAGUUUAUGCGAAUCGUUCGUCGAACUGGAUAUUACGCUGCAGAGAACGUAUUUCGAUAUUCUGAACAGCGUGACGGAAGUCACGUCGAAUUAUUCGUACGAGCCAGGGGACGAUGGCGGCGGCGAUGAUGUUAAGAGUAACGUGUUGUGCUUGAAAGCUGGCGCUCAAGUUUCCGUGCUUGACAAAAAAUACGAUAACCAGGGUUGGUGGCUCGUCCAUGCCCAGCAUCAGACUGGAUAUUUUCCGAAGUCACACUUGAGUCAAAAACCAAGCGUAGCGUGACUGGUCGUAACAAAGCGAUGGACUUCAUGGCAUGCGAAACUAGCGGUGAACGACGUAAUUCCGUCAGAAAUUGGCAUUAAUAAUCUCUGUUCAUACUGAGAAACGAUGGGGGAACUCCGCGCGAAAAUAGCCAGUCGCGCGGUUGACGUCAGUGCGAUGAAGAAAUUAUUGCGCAGCAAGAUAUUUUUUUGAAUUUUUUUGCUCGUUGUCAAAAUUUUAAUUUUUUACUCGUGUGAAACCGCAGAGGUUUUGGAAGGAAUAUUUGUGAAGAAUUUUUUGUGUUGAAAUUGGGAUUAUUUUUUUUUGUAUUCGUUCCCGAGAUACUGUUGUGCUCGACUCAUUGCUGUGGGGAAUCACUUUUUUCUUGUGGGUCAUCUUAUUCGUUAACGGUUUUAUCCUGCGACUCGAAUGUCUUCUCUGUGAGGUAUCGUGUCAUGGAAGGUGCAAGUGUCGGUUAUUGAUUUUUGAACACUUGUUUCGUUAUUUUUUUCGUAGUGAAGUGGCAACCAAGUCAUGCCUUUAGGUACUGAUAACCAGCGUGGCAUUGGCAGUAGCGCCAUGAUGUGAUGCUUAAAUUAAUGCAUUCGAUUGCUUCGAAGUGGCUGCUUUCAUCAUGUGUCUUCCUUUUGAUCUGGUUCUCCAAUUUGUCACUGAUUUGAUGUUGCGACUCACCUCGUGAUUUACGCUUGGAACAGUUUUUUUCGUGGUGCCAUACCUACUUGUUUUCCAGUUCUCCGAUCCCCGCAGAAUUCUCUGUGUAGUAUCGCGACAGUUCAGCGCGUCCCGAACACAACCCGUCUUGAACAGGGCGUGUCUAAAAAGUUUAAUAAAAGGGUGCUAGCGGAAAACAAGUCUAAACCAUCUGCGGAAAGAAGAGCUUCUGUUCUUAGAAGCAUUGAAAUAUUCAUUUUUUCAAUUGAAAUACUUUACUUUUCGUCGUCUGGGAAAUCUUUCCAGUUGAGCAUAACGCACAGAAGCUAUUCAGCUCAAGUGAGAUUUAUACUUCCGCUUUUCUUAUCACUCGCUGUUUUGGACGCGCUCAAUUGUGCGGUUCUGGGUGACUGCCUUGGGAGGCAGCCAGAAACUCUGGUAAUACCAAGUACAAACUGUCAGGAAAAAAAAAGAGCGACUCGGUUAAAAGCCGGCUUAAAAAAUCGCUGUUUCGUUGGCCACUCAAUCGCCUUGCGGAAUUUCAUUCGAAAAUGUUGUUACAGGGCCAAGGAGAGGAUGAGAAUUUUGUGGACAAUAAAACAUUCAGACAAUUUCUCACCGCAUA